AUGCCGGUACGAAACCAAGCUGGAGCAAAGAAGAUGAGAAAUAUUAUUAUUUCGGAUUUCGAUGAAACAAUUACAAGAUAUGAUACAAUCGGUAUCAUUGCAAAAUUGCCGUACCUAAUAAACCCCGAGUUGAAACCUGAGUGGUCUCAUUUUACCAAAACUUAUAUGGAUGGAUUCCGUAAAUACAAAUAUAAUGGAACGAGAUCACUACCAUUGCUAUCUUCAAACGCGUCCUUAACAUUAUCACAUUCAAAUUUCGACUGUGUAUUCAAAGAUGAAUUGGAAUUUCAAAAAUAUAACAGAACUAUUGAGUUAAAUAGUGUAAACGAGAUUUCAAAACAACAACUUUUCAAGUCAAUUACUUUGGAACAAAUGAAACAAUUUGCCAAAGAGCAAAAUCGUGAGAAUUGCCUAUUGAGAGGCGGUUUCAACCAAUUUUGUUCCUCCGUUAUUAAAAAUUUUCAAGAUGAUUUUUACAUUUUAUCAAUCAAUUGGUCAAGAGAAUUCAUAUGUGAAAUCAUUGGUAACAAAGAGGUCAAUCCUGAUCAUGUUCUUUGUAACGAUUUGAAAGUGUCUACAGAAAAAAGACCUCCUACUUACACUGGUGAAUUUGACUGUGGAUUAUUGACAGGCUCUGAUAAGAUCAAAUCACUAAAUGAAAUACUAGGUAUGACCGAGACGCACAACAAUGGCAAUGAGACUCGCUGCUACUGGUAUAUAGGGGAUAGUGAAACGGACUUGUUAUCUGUAUUACACCCAUCUAUAAACGGUGUAUUGUUGAUGGACCCCGUAGAAAACCCCUCCAAGUUCUUGAGGAUUACUGAGCAAAUCAUCGGUGUGCCAAGUGACAAAAUCACAAGAUUUCAAACUGAUAACGCUUUGGGCUGGUUAAAGUUCUGUGAAAAGGAAAAUGGGAUGUUUGCCUACCUCGUGAAAUCUUGGGAUUCGUUAAAAGAUUUGAUCGCGCAGACAUCGAAUAGUACGUGUUAA